ACAUUAUCCCCCGCCGACUGCAGCAAUGCCACACCAUUGGUGGACCAUGGUUUAUCGCUGUAAUACUAGAGAAUUACUUCUGAUAAUACGGCUACUGAUGCUGUACGCACUAUACAGUGUUGCAGAAUGAAGGAGAACAUCACCUACUAGGAGGCACCGCCAGUACCUGUGAGGAAGAAGUAGUGGCCACUGUGCUUAGUGGUGGAAGAAGAAGAAGUAGUGGUGGUGGUGGUGGUGGUGGUGCUGAAAGGGCUCGCCGUAGUAGUAGAAGUAGUAGUAGUAGUAGUAGCAGUGUUCCGUGGCCAACUGCCAAUUGCUGUGUGGAGUGUGGCCACUGUGCUUAGUGGUGGAAGAAGUAGAAGAAGAAUUGCCAGUGUGCUCCACUUUUGACGAAGAAGUACAAACCACUCGUACAAGGUCACGCACUGAAGCAGAAGGAGUCAGGAGUCUCCAAUUCCAACGACAUCCUCCCUGAUGUGCAAUGACGGCCCCAAAAACUCCGUACAUCACCAGGCCAGACACACCUGGAGUGUCCCAGGCCGCAGGGCGUACACAGGUUCGGCACUGCGCCCAUCACAGACAGGAAAACCAGGUUUCAUACCCUUCCCUUACGAAGAUUUUAGAAACUUCCGAUUACACAGAAGAGACCGAAGAGACAGCGCAUACCAAUGAGGAACUGGUCUUCAAGAAGUUUGCGAAAGAAGACCCCGAAGCAGCGAAACCAUUACAAACGUUAUUCCUGGAAUUUGCGAAAGACCUUCCACCCCAGGUGCCACCACCGGCUGCAUCCGUCGCCGCCUUGCCUCGAGGACCAGUCAGGAAGUUCAACCAAGAGCACGUGACGAAGAAAUGUGCCCUAACUGUCCUAUUCACGACAUCAAUCGCUGCUUUCGUAUUGCUGGCUGCUUUUAUGUCGAUCAGCUUGGCGCCCGACAACUAUACGACAGCUCUCGAAGGCGACGAAGAAAGCAAAUUCAGUCUCUUUCGUGGACUUGGUUUCCUGGACGUGGUUGAGCCGAUGUUGACGCCUUCAGCCGUGACAGAGGACCAGGCAACCGCCAACGACACCAUCACCAGGAGGGCACCUGUAGAUUACAAGGUUGUCUGCGUGUACCAGACCAGGAGUCGCCACACCGUUGCCAUGGGCAGAGAGUACAAUAUUCAGAUAUUUCCAUUUCAAUACUGCGAUCUCGCUGUCUUCUGUUGCGUAACUCUGAGCGCAACGUACCAACUGAUACCUCGCAAAGCAGACGACAGCACGUUCUACGCAUUCCAUUCGCUGGCCACGCAGAAUCCAGCCGUGAGGACAAGUGUCAUAAUCGGUGGUCUUCCGAAAGACGAUGCGUUAUUACUGGAUGUCAUCACAAAGGCGGACGCCGGGGCCGCAUUUGUUAGGAACGUCAAGUCAUGGACCCACACGUACGAGUUCCACGGAGUACAUAUCUACUGGCCCUCGUUGCCUGAAAGUACCAUGACGGACAAAAUUACUUCGAAAUUCAACGCCUUAAACGCGCAUCUGUCAGCGUCUGACAUCAACCUGGGUGUUGUGAUGGAGCAACCUACUGGUACUCCUGCUUUCGACCUCAAGCAACUGCCACCUAAUACUACAGUGUUGCUUCUGCCCCCGACAUACAAAGCGGACAUGUUCGGGACAAAGCCAUUCACAUAUUACGCUGGCCGCACUAUAUCACGUCUGCAGAAGUUUGCCCUGGACACACCAGAGGACAUCAGGCGUCACCUGUGUGUCAUGCUACCGGCUGAAGCUCUCGCGUUCCGAUUGGUUGAAACGAAAGCACAGCACACUUCCCGCGAAUCAGCUGCCGGACCAGGUCCAGCGGGACCAUUCACGCGCCAGAAGGGACACUGGUCCUAUUACGAAGCUUGCCUCAGGAUUACGAACUGCACACGUAGCCGGGGCUACUCCUACGCUACGUCAGCUGCUUGUGGCGCCACCUGGAUCAAUUACGUGACGCCGCGAACCGUCAAAGAAUUCAUCUGCCAUUUCUCGUUUCGCGCUAGGAUUGGCUGUUAUGGGAUUUGGGAUUCCGAUUGGGAUGACUAUCCAGCCGUCUGUGGUCAAAAGGAGUUUCCACUAUUGAGGGCUGUCUUUGAGGGACCGUCUCAUAACUGUGACGCAAAUACGUUCUGAUGAAUCGCCCGAUAAUACUCACAGAUAACAAUACUCAACCUUGCUCAAUUAUAAAAGGUUAUUGCACCGUU